UACAAAACCGAUUAUGAAAGGAAAAUCGUUUGGAGAAAUGUCAUUAUUUUUACAUAUAUUCAUCUUGCUGGCAUUUACGGGCUAUACCUACAUGCUUUGCUUCCAGGCUAAAUAUCAAUCCGUUAUAUGGAGUAUUGCUAGUGGUGUCGUCGCGGGUCUAGGCGUUACCGCUGGCACUCAUAGAUUAUGGGCCCAUCGAUCUUACGAGGCAAAAUGGCCCAUGAGAUUUAUUCUCAUGAUUUUUCAGACCAUCGCCUUUCAAGAUAAUAUUUAUCAAUGGGUCAGGGACCACCGAGUGCAUCAUAAAUUUACCGACACCGACGCAGACCCGUAUUGUGCGCGGAGAGGAUUUUUCUUUUCGCAUGUAGGGUGGCUUCUGAUUCGUAAACAUCCUGACGUCGCGAGCAAAGGUGCUACAAUCGAUUGCAGUGAUCUCGAGCAAGAUCCAAUUGUGGUAUUUCAAAAAAAGUGGUACAUUUAUUUGAUGCCACUCUGCUGUUUUAUCAUACCAACAUCAGUACCAUGGUGGGCAUGGAAUGAAAGUUUGUGGUGUUCGUGGCACCUCGUAAUAUGCAGAUAUUGCAUAAAUUUGAAUGGUACUUGGUCGGUAAAUUCCGUGGCUCACAUGUGGGGUAUGAAACCAUACGACAAAUCACUUAGUUCCACCGAAAAUACUGGAGUUGCUAUUGUAACGUUUGGUGAAGGCUGGCAUAAUUAUCAUCACGCCUUUCCUUGGGAUUAUAAAACGGGGGAACUUGGAAAUUAUAGGCUUAAUAUCACCACAGCUUUCAUCAACUUUUGCGCUUAUUUAGGUUUGGCUUACGACUUAAAGACUGCAUCUGCUGACAUGAUAAGGAAACGUGUUCUUCGAAGCGGCGAACGUAUACGUAUAUAAUAUUCAAAGUUGGCAAAGUUACUUUGUAGAAGUAUCUAUGAGUUACAGUUAUAAUUUUUUUCACCGAAAAAAUAACUAGUUACAGUUACAAUAACUGAAAAAUAAUAACUCGUUACUUUCUAGUUACUUUUUAGUUACUUUUUGGCAAUAAUUGUGUACUAUUAUUUUAA